AUGGCUUCGGCGCCGAUAUACAACCCGGUAAUACCAUGUUUGCAUCCCAUCCCCGGUGGCAUGUUUCCUGGUCGCAUGAUCAGGAUCCAGGGUUCUGUGCCCCCUGGUGCCCAGAGGUUCGCUAUAAAUUUGCAAUGUGGACCAAACACAGACCCUCGCGACGAUAUCGCCUUGCAUCUCAACUUCCGCUUCGUCGAGAUGUGCGUGGUCCGGAACCACCUAUCGACCAUGAGCUGGGGGUUGGAAGAGACCAAUGGUGGCAUGCCCCUGGUCCGGGGGGAGGCCUUCGAGGCCCUGGUGCUGUGUGAACCUCAGUUGAUGAAGGUGGCCCUAAAUGGGGCACAUUUCUGCGAGUUCCCACAUCGCAUCCCAUUCCAACGCAUCUCCCAUAUCACCGUCGAUGGUGACGUCAUGGUACAGUUUAUUGGCUUCGAAGGCGCUGAACCUGCCCCCGCCCAGAUGUACAUGCAAUCUCAACCCCCGGCCUACGGAGCGUACGGGGCUCCCCCGGCCUAUGGGGCCCCCGGGUAUGGAGCACCGCAGGGCUUCUAU